AUGGAUCAAGAUAAACGAACAUUAACUUUUAAUCAAUCCAAAGAAGAUGAAACAAAGGAAUUUCAAAAUGAUCUAUCAAUAACUUGUAUUGAAGAUUUACCUAGCGAAUUGUUCGAUGCAAUAUUUUAUUAUCUUGAUGGUUAUGACACAUAUAAAGCAUUUUCAAAUCUUAAUCAUCGUUUUGAACAACUUAUCAAUUCUUCAUUUCUUUUAUAUAAAAUCAAACUUGAUCGAUCAAGAUAUAAGAAAAAAGCUUCUUUUAGCGUUCGUCGAUGGGAACGAUUCAUUUUAAGAUAUUUGCCUCAAUUGGAAAAAUUUAAUUUAGGAUGUUUUGCACAUGUUGAUGGUAAUCCUAAAUAUCCUAUAUAUUCCGCAUUACCAAAUCAAUUCAAUGCAUCAUUUUGGAUUAAACGACAAUGGAUACUUGAAACUGAAAUCUUUAAUAGGUCUAUCAAGUAUUUGGUUUGUCCAUAUAGAAAAAGAUGGUAUGAUGAUACACAACAUAAGACUUUCGAUUCUCCUGUUGAAUUUUCGAAAUUAACUCGACUUACCGUUCGAUCCAUUCGUUUUCGUCGUUGUUAUCAAGAAGCAAUGGUAGCUAUUAGACGUCUUUCAAGUGUAGCACAAAUUUAUCAUUUGGUAAUGCUAAAAGAAAAUUUCUUAACUGAUGCAUUAAUUGAAAUUAUGAAAUUAUUACCAGAUCUUAGUACCUUAAAAAUUCGUUCUUUAUCAUUAGAUCAACCGACAAGGUUAUCUUUUGAAGAAUCAAUUAUAUUUGAUCCAACAAAAUUUACAAGUAAAAUUACAAAGGCAUAUCUUGAGAAGAUGAAUGACAUUGAACAGUUUUAUUUUCUUUUGGAACUUUGUCCUCAUAUGAUAUAUUUCAAAAUGGAUUAUCUAGCUGAUAUGGAUAUUCAACAUGUUUUGCGGUGUAUUAUCACGAGAAUUCAUUAUGAUCGUAACGAUCAUCUUCGUUUAUUAUGUUUUCGCAUUCCAACAACAGAUAAUGAUGAUAUCAUUAAAAAAUUAGAAAAAAUGAUUAUUGUUGAAAAGCUUCUAUUGAGUUAUAGAAUAAAACGUGUACUCGAUAAUGUCUAUAUAGAAUGGAAGUGA